AUGAAAAGAAAUGCAGACAAGUCAGCCAAUGCCAAAGAGGUUGACAUUAAGGUUGGUGAUACAGUAUUGGUCCGUCAGACAAAAAAGAAUAAAUGGUCAACACGGUUUGAUCCUAAACCAUAUUGUGUAACGCGGGUGAAAGGAACAAUGAUAACAGCUACUCGUUCAGGACAUUAUAUCACAAGAAACAUUUCAUUUUUCAAGAAAGUGCUACAACAAGAGAUUCAACACAACUCUGAGGAUGCAAGCGAUGAGGAAGAUUACAGUAAACUUGAUAAUAACCUCCCUGACACAAACAUUGAGGAGAACAAUGAACUUGCUGAGAGACGGUAUCCUGCGAGAGACACAAGACCUAUCAAUAGAUAUGGUCAAAACAUAUAUAAUGCUUAG